CUCCUCUCUCAACUUGUCUCUUCUCUGUUUCCCUUUCUAUCUCUCUACAUAUAAAUAAAUCAUGAAUUGUCAGAUCUCUUUCUCCUCAUUUCCAUUUUCUGCACUGAAUCGCAGCUUAAAAACCCCUUUUCUCGCAUUUAACACUUUCUGGUUUGGGUAGUUCAGACUUGACAGCUUCGAAUUAGGGAGGCAAUGGAAGGUGGAGAAGAGAUUGAGAUUGCGGAGGAAAAUGAGUUCCCUGCAGUUAUUGGACGAAAAUACAGUCCAGUGGUGGCUCAUGACAAUGAUAGUGCUGUUAUUGAGAUGUCUUCUGUUCGUCCCGGAUCUUCCUCUUCUCUCCCCAAUCGCGAUCUCAAGAAAGUCAAAGUAGGUGUCCAUGCAAAUAUGGCAUCUGAAGAAAGAGCCGAGUCAUUAGCCAAUCAUAGUAGCAAUGGUCCUCAAAGAGAAUCCAAACUGGAAUUAUUUGGCUUUGAUUCUCUAGUAAAUAUUCUAGGUCUCAAGAGUAUGACAGGGGAUCAAAUUCCCGCACCGUCUAGUCCAAGAGAUGGUGAGGAUAUAACUCUCACGCUUGAGCAACCUAAGCCAAUUGCUGAUAAAUCUGGCACGCUGAUGGGAGUGUUUAUGCCAUGCUUGCAAAAUAUUUUGGGGAUCAUCUACUACAUUAGAUUUUCGUGGAUUGUUGGCAUGGCUGGCAUUGGCGAGUCAUUGUUGCUUGUUGUGUUCUGUGGAUCAUGUACAUUCCUGACCACAAUAUCAUUAAGUGCUAUUGCAAGCAACGGUGCCAUGAAGGGUGGCGGCCCUUACUAUCUCAUUGGUCGUGCAUUGGGUCCAGAAGUUGGUGUCAGCAUUGGGCUCUGUUUUUUCCUUGGGAAUGCAAUUGCUGGUGCAAUGUAUGUACUGGGAGCUGUAGAGACUUUUCUAAAUGCUGUACCAAGUGCGGGCAUCUUUAGAGAAACUAUCACACGAGUUAAUGGCACAGAUAUUGCAGAGCCCAUUACAAGUCCAAGUUUGCAUGACCUGCAAAUUUAUGGGAUUGUUGUAUCUAUUCUUCUCUGCUUUGUCGUGUUUGGUGGAGUAAAAAUGAUCAAUCGCGUUGCACCUGCAUUUCUUGUCCCUGUUUUAUUCUCGUUGCUUUGCAUAUUUGUCGGCAUCUUUUCUGCGAGGCAUGAUCGUCCAGCAGCCGGGAUCACAGGGUUGAGUUUGGAAUCUUUCAAAAAUAACUGGGGGUCUGCUUAUCAGAUGACUAAUAAUGCUGGAAUUCCAGAUCCCAAUGGCAACAUAUACUGGAAUUUUAAUGCAUUGGUAGGUCUCUUCUUCCCUGCUGUAACUGGGAUCAUGGCAGGUUCAAACCGUUCGGCAUCUCUAAAGGACACUCAACGUGCAAUUCCUGUUGGGACCUUAGCUGCAACUUUGACUACUACCAGUUUAUAUCUGGUUUCCGUGCUAUUAUUCGGAGCUGUUGCAACUAGAGAUAAGCUUUUGACUGAUAGGUUAUUAUCUGCUACAGUUGCCUGGCCAUUUCCGGCCAUUGUUUAUGUUGGUAUAAUCCUCUCAACCUUGGGGGCAGCCCUUCAAAGCCUUACUGGUGCUCCACGUCUCCUUGCAGCAAUUGCAAAUGAUGAAAUUCUACCUGUUCUUAACUAUUUUAAAGUGGCAGAUGGACAUGAGCCUCAUGUGGCUACUCUCUUCACUGCCAUCAUCUGCAUUGGUUGUGUUGUAAUUGGGAAUCUAGAUCUUGUCUCACCUACUACAACAAUGUUUUACCUCGUAUGCUAUGCUGGUGUGAACUUAUCCUGCUUCCUUCUGGAUCUGUUAGAUGCUCCCAGCUGGCGACCUCGGUGGAAAUUUCACCACUGGAGCCUCUCUCUUGUUGGAGCAUUACUUUGUAUAGUGACCAUGUUUUUGAUUUCCUGGGCAUUCACUAUUGUAUCACUUGCCCUAGCAAGCCUCAUAUAUUAUUACGUUAGUAUAAAGGGGAAAGCAGGAGACUGGGGUGACGGUUUUAAGAGUGCGUAUUUUCAGCUUGCUCUUCGCAGUUUGCGAUCUUUGGGAGCAAACCAGGUACAUCCGAAAAAUUGGUAUCCUAUCCCACUUGUAUUUUGUCGUCCGUGGGGCAAGCUGCCAGAAAAUGUGCCGUGCCAUCCAAAGCUUGCAGACUUUGCCAAUUGCAUGAAGAAAAAAGGCAGGGGAAUGUCCAUCUUUGUCUCUAUUAUCGACGGAGACUACCAUGAACGUGCUGAGGAUGCUAAGGAUGCUUGCAAGGAACUAAGUACGUAUAUCGACUACAAGCAAUGCGAAGGUGUAGCUGAGAUUGUUGUUGCCCCAAGCAUGUCUGAAGGCUUUAGAGGUAUUGUUCAGACUAUGGGUCUCGGAAAUCUCAAGCCAAAUAUAAUUGUUAUGCGGUACCCUGAGAUUUGGCGACGUGAAAAUUUGACUGAUAUUCCUGCUACCUUUGUUGGAAUAAUUAAUGACUGCAUUGUUGCAAACAAGGCUGUUGUCAUUGUCAAGGGUCUCGAUGAAUGGCCAAAUGAGUAUCAAAGACAGUAUGGUACCAUCGAUUUAUACUGGAUAGUGAGAGAUGGUGGUCUUAUGCUUCUACUCUCUCAGCUCCUCCUUACAAAAGAUAGCUUUGAGGGCUGUAAGAUACAGGUGUUCUGCAUUGCGGAGGAAGAUUCUGAUGCAGAGGGAUUGAAGGCUGAUGUAAAGAAAUUUCUUUAUGACCUCCGGAUGCAAGCUGAAGUUAUUGUCAUUUCAAUGAAGUCAUGGGAAGCCGAAGGGGAGCAGCAAGAAUCUGUUGAAGCAUUCAGUGCUGCACGACAGAGAGUUGCUAGUUACUUGGAAGAAAUGAAAGAGCAAGCACAGAGAGACCGGACUACGUUGAUGGCUGAUGGAAAGCCUGUGUUUGUUGAAGAGCAACAAGUAGAGAAAUUCCUUUACACCACUCUAAAGCUGAACUUAAUGGUACAGAAGUACUCGAGAAUGGCUGCAGUCGUGCUUGUAAGCUUACCUCCUCCACCUCUCAAUCACCCUGCAACCUUCUACAUGGAAUACAUGGAUCUGCUGGUUGAAAAUAUACCUAGACUCUUGAUCGUUCGUGGAUAUCAUAAAGAUGUUGUCACUUUAUUCACGUAGUUCUUGUUCAUGUACUUGUAUAAUUUUGUUGCUUUAGUUAAGAACUCCUAAUUUAUUUGCCUUUACAUUUUCCUUUUUUUACUGCCCCUUCACAACCGAGAGGUUAGAGGGGUAUACAAUUGUAUAAUUCUUUCUACUAAGGGGCACUCUGGACCAAAAUUUUGUUAUCGAUCAGAUCUCAAGUGGACAAUUUGCUUAGACAG